CGACGCGCUUUCCCAUUCCAUUUCGGUCCGGCGGAGAAGACAUAAUUGAUAAUUGCCAUUGAGAAGAGCCCAGUGCGAACAUAAACACGCCGAAGAAGGAAAAACAUUCGUUCGAGUGAAAUAGAAAUUGAAAUUGAUUUGACAAAACUUCAUUUGUUGCGCCAUUCCCAUUCCCCCUGGAGUGCCCGACAAUUGUGCAACCUCAAGACUCUUAACCUUAACAAUUACCAUUUGGCCACAAAAGCUAUUGGCACAAUUCAGUUCGAUUCAAGUGCCUGCCCCCAAACUCACUUUUACUCCGACAAAAACCAAAAAUCAAACAAAUCAAAAAAAAAACUCUAUUCGAAAACGAAAGCAAAACAAAAGUUUGAUUGAAGCGCCAACCGUCCCCCCACCCAGACGCCUUGCUAAACUCGAGCGGCAGCCCCCACCAGCGGUCCCCAGAAGACUACAAAAUGGUUGAGAAAACAGAAAUGUGGAAAUUCUUAGGCGUCGCCGAUAUAACCGAGAAUAAAAAUAUCUGGCGCAUGCUGCUCGGCGAGCUGCUUGGAACAUUUUUCUUGAUCGCCAUCGGCGUUGGCAGCACAACGAGCGGAAGUGUACCGCAGAUUGCAUUCACCUUUGGCUUAACGGUGGCCACACUGGCACAGGGCUUGGGACACCUCAGCGGCUGUCACAUCAACCCGGCCGUGACCCUGGGCUUCCUGGUUGUCGGUGAGAUCAGCAUCUUGAAAGCGGCCUUCUACAUCAUUGUCCAGUUAGUGGGAGCCAUCGCCGGUGCUGCUAUUAUAAAGGUGGCCCUCGACGGCGUCGUGGGCAGCGGCCUGGGCGUAUCCAUGUAUGAUACGUCCCUGAGUGUGGGCCAGGCAGUGCUGAUUGAGGCUCUGAUCACCUUUAUUCUGGUGUUUGUGGUCAAGGCCGUGUCGGAUCCGGGCCGUCAGGACAUCAAGGGCUCGGCGCCCCUGGCCGUGGGUCUGUCGAUUGCCGCCGGACAUCUGUGUGCGGUCAAGUUGAGCGGCGCCAGCAUGAAUCCGGCUCGCUCCUUUGGCCCAGCCGUUGUCCAGGGCUUGUGGACCGAUCACUGGGUAUACUGGGUGGGUCCCAUUGCCGGCGGCCUCGUAGCCGCUCUCAUCUACAGGUUCAUCUUCAAGGUGCGCAAGGAUGAUGAGGCCGACUCGUACGACUUCUAAGACCGGAGGCCGUGACAGGAUUCGCCUCCAUAUUGUUGUAAAUGUUCGCACCUGCUUAGAGUUCCCAGUUUCCCGCUUUCCCACUUACCAUUUUCAAUCGCCUGGCAUCACCCAAUAACGCAUCGAAUUCGAUUCCAAAUUCUCCUAGAUUAGUCCAUCUCCUAUCCCUGCCCCACAAUUGUGCAAUUUUAUUUGUUAAAGAAUGAAACGCAAUCGCCUUGUUUUAGUGGUAAUCUUAAGCUAAAUUAUAUGUUACGCGCACUUUCGAAGCAAAACCACAAACCAUCGAAAUUGUACCUCGAAAUCACUUUUAAUUGUCGAGCACCAACCAGCGCACCUCUUUGAUAAAUUACGAAUUGUAUUAUGAUUAUGUGUAAUUAAAGAAAAAACUAUGAAAAUCAA